AUCCUUAAAACUAUUACUUUUGUUUACAUUUCGGGAAUUUGCAAUGAUCCAUCAAAAUGGAAUUUUCAACAAGAUUUCCGUAGGAAUUCCACACUCAAUUUGUUAGUGGGUAGAAGUUCCUCGUCAGCGCCGUCAAAGAAGAAGAAUUUGUGUGUUAUUUUUGCCGCGUGAUUGUCCGACAAAUCGUAGUGGAAUUAGUGUGAGGACAGCCAGGAGAACAUGAAUAUUCCAAAUGAGUACAUCUCCAAGACAGAAGACGUGGCGGAUCAGGUGAUCCGACGCGGCAAACACGUUCUGCCCACCGUGGCCCGGCUAUGCCUGAUUGCAACAUUCCUCGAGGAUGGAAUACGGAUGUGGGUACAGUGGUCAGAGCAGCGGGAGUACAUGAACAUGAGCUGGGGCUGUGGCUACUUCCUCGCCACGGUGUUUGUCCUUGUUAAUCUUGUGGGUCAAAUUGGUGGCUGUGUGAUGGUCCUGGCACGAUACCGAGUGACGAUUGCCUGUGGAGUCCUCUUCUUCAUCGUCGUCCUUCAGACAAUAGCUUACUCAAUACUGUGGGAUCUGCAAUUCUUGCUGCGAAAUUUGGCUCUUAUUGGGGCCUUGCUGCUUGUUGUGGCGGAAUCCCGUGUUGAGGGACGUAGCCUCUUUGCUGGGGUACCGUCAUUGGGUGAGAAUAAGCCCAAAAAUUGGAUGCAGCUCGCAGGACGAGUUUUGCUGGCUUUUAUGUUUAUCACAUUGAUUCGCUUUGAGGUGAGCUUCCUGCAGAUUCUUCAGGACAUCGUGGGAUCCAUUCUCAUGGUACUUGUUACAAUUGGGUACAAGACAAAGUUGUCAGCCCUCAUUCUUGUGGCACUGCUUACGUUCCUCAAUCUCUAUCACAAUGCCUGGUGGACGGUGCCGUCCUACAAGCCACUCAGGGACUUCCUCAAAUAUGACUUUUUCCAGACCCUCUCCGUUAUUGGAGGUCUCCUCAUGAUCGUGUCGCUUGGCCCAGGCGGCGUUUCAAUGGACGAACACAAGAAGAAAUGGUAGACUCCACCACUUUAAAAAAAGAAGCAUCAUCAGUGCAGGUUUAUGUCCAGAAGGGAAAUUUUUGUUUAAAAAAGAAAUCAUAGAGAAGAUGCCACAGUUACUUCCUCCCACACACACACACGUGCAAACAUUUUAACUAGGAUAAAUUAUAAUGUCCAUCGUCCUUCCUCUUCAAGAGAAACUCUUCGCAGUGAUUUUUUUUUGGAGUUGUGUUCAUUUUUUUCUCUGUUUUUUGUAAAUAUUUCUAACGUACGGACAAAAAGUCUUUCCUGACUAGGUUUUUUUUUGCAUUUGUUAAUUUGAGAAAUUAUUGAGAGAGAGAGACGAAGAGUGGAGAGACCGUGAUAGAUGAUAAGUUUUUGAUGACAAAAAAAUGAGAACGACUCCAUUUAAAAUAAUUUUUGUACUUCCCCAUAAGGUCCUAAGGUUAAAAAAAAAUCCUGGGCAGUUUAUUUUUCAUUUGAUGAUUUAGGGCUUAUUAGUUAUUUUUUUUUUAAAGAAAGAAAAGAGGGAGACGUCCUGUUUCAGAAACAUCUAAAGAAAAAUGCAAUUUGUAAUUUGAGAGACAAGAUAAAAAUAACAAUUUAUAUAUAAAGGA